ACCAACCGUUCACAACCAACCAACCCAAAGCAAUAUGUUCAAAUACUUCGCUCUGUGCCUGUUCGCCAUCGUGGCCUGCGUGUCUGCCAAGCCAGCGGUGAUUGCUGCUCCAUUGGCGUACAGCGCUUACUCUGCUCCUCUGGUGGCCGCCUCUCCCUACACCGCCGCCUACACUGCUCCGGUGGCCAGCGCGUACUCCGCCUACUCCGCCUAUCCCUAUGCCUCCGCUUACUCGGCUUACUCCGCCUAUCCCUAUGCCGCCUACUACCGUUAAGAUCUGGACACACGAUGGAUUACCACGACUGCUCAACUGGACCUGAAAUAACCUAUAUAUGUACAUGUUACAACAAGGAUACUUCCCUCACCUCUAAAUCCAUAUAAUCCCUGGUAUUAGUUCGGCAGACUCCAUUCUUUCCCCACCUUCUCUGCCGGCUGCUGAAAGUUGAAACAUGGGAACAGGACACAAAGCAAUAUAAACGGAAAAUAGGAAUAUAAUUGUUGAAAUAAAUACUGCAUUUUGCGCUAAACGUAAA